AUGAAAUGUAUUUGUUAUGCAGCAACAGUUAAACGAUCGAAGAAUACAUAUAUCACAUUGUUUCGAGCUUUAAAGGAAGCAACUGAAAAUAUAGGAAUAAAUUUAUCUCCAUCAUAUCAUAUGAUAGAUUUCGAAAUUGCUGCUGCAAGUGCUUCAAAAAAUGUUUUCAAAAAUACGAGAAUAACAUUUUGCCAUUUUCAUUUUGCUCAAGCUAUUUGGAGAAAAUUGAAAAAACAAAAUUUGGUAUCGGAAGUACGUGAAAAAAAUGUUGAAAAAAUUAUUGCUGAUAUAAUUGCUCUACCGAUGGUUCCGAAACAUCUUGUACAUCAACGUCAUUUUGCAACUAAACCUAAUAUAUGGUUAUGGAUUAUGUCGAUAAAAGAUUUUGAUGAAACAACUACCAUAGCGAUCGAACAAGAAGAACAUCAACAGCGUCAAACACGGCCACGGCAUCGAAAAAACAUUCAACGUGAUCAAGAUUUAUUUAAUCUUAAACAAAAACUUGAAAAACAGUGCAUUGAUAUAGAAGAAUAUUGUGUUCAAUUGCGACAUUUUUCUUAUACAUAUAUGAAACAAUUAGAUGAAUAA